GGGAGUCCCCGGGUUGAUGAGGUCAUCAAAAGGCGCCGCGGCGGGCGGGAGCCGGAAGGCGCUCGGCGCGAGAGUGGCAGACCCCUCCUCCUCGCAGUGACAGAGGAGAAUGUUGAAGGACAAAUGUUAGCCUGAAAUGAGAGAGAAGUGGAGGAACUCCAAUUAAUUUCAAUAAUGUAAUAUUUAGUCAAAAGUUAUUUUUGGCACUGCAAGGCUGGAUAUGCCUGCUCUUCCUGGAAACACUUUGUGCAAGAAAUGACUAACAAUUUAUCUAGCUGUUGCCUAGCAAACUGAAUCAUGGCGAAGCAGCUAGACCCCAUGACGGAUGACUUGCCCUUAAUGGCCAACACUAGCCACAUGCUUGUAAAACAUUAUACAUUGGACUUGGACGUGGAUUUUAAAAGUCACGUUAUCGAAGGCAUCAUCGUUUUCUUCUUUGAGACUGGGAGCAGAUGCAGGAAAGCCAGCAGUAGUGAUGACGAAGGCUGCCAGCCACAGUUUGAUGAAACCUGCAAAACUGGGGCGUCUGAACCCUGCCAUGUUCCUGUGACAAAUCUAAGUGCCUGCUCAUCUAAAACGGAAUAUAAUGAUUUUGCUGUCUGUGGUAAAGGUGAAAAAGAUACUUCUGAUAAAAAUGGUAACCAUAGCAACGGGGAACAGGCUUCUGGGAUUUCUAGUUCAAAGAACUGCUGUGACAUAGAGAAUCAUGGGAGCACGGAUUUUUUGCUGGUGUUGGACUGCUGUGAUUUAUUCGUGCUAAAGGUUGAGGAGGUAGAUGUUGCUGCUGUGGCAGGCAUCGAAAAAUUUACCAGGUCUGCCAAGCUAACUGAUGCUGCUAAAGAGCUGGGGAAUCUCAGGAAUCAGAUCGUACAGGAACUUGUGACUUUACCUGCGCAUCGCUGGAAGGAACAGCUCUACUAUUACGCUCGCUGCAGCCAGGCACCUGGCUGUGGAGAGCUUCUGUUUACUACUGGCACUUGGAGCCUGGAGAUAAAGAAGUCGGGGAUUCGCGCUCCAAGAGACUUUCCUCAUGCAAUAAGAGUAUGGUACAAAACCAAACCGGAGGGAAGAUCUGUUACGUGGACUACAGACCAGAGUGGCAGGCCAUGUGUUUAUACAAUGGGAUCACCAAUAAACAACAGAGCCCUUUUCCCAUGCCAAGAGCCACCUGUUGCCUUGUCAACGUGGCAAGCUACAGUCCGAACGGCUGCACAUUUUGUUGUAUUGAUGAGCGGUGAAAACUCAGCAGAACCUGUCCAGCUUCAAGAAGGUGUCUUGAGCUGGUACUACUAUGUGACUAUGCCAAUGCCAGCAUCCACCUUCACUAUUGCCAUCGGGUGCUGGCAGGAAGUUAAACAGCAUCCCUUCGCAGCUGAUGUUCAGACAAACAGUGACUUUUCCUUGCCGUUUUCCCAAGCCGAUCUCAGGUGGCAUGAAGAAUGGUGUGGUCAUGUGGAGUAUCCCUGCCGUUUCCAAAAUCCUGCUGCCAGGUUGCAGGCAGUCAUUCCUUAUAGAGUCUUUGCUCCGUGGUGCCUUAUGGAAAGCUGCAAAGAACUUGUACUCCAGCUAAUUCCCCAGUGCCUCUCCGCUGCUUACACCACACUGGGUACCCAUCCCUUCUCCAGGCUUGAUGUUUUGAUAGUGCCUUCCAACUUUUCCAGUCUGGGAAUGGCUAGCCCCCAUAUCAUCUUCCUGUCGCAGAGCGUGUUACCUGGAGGGCGACAUCUCUGUGGAGCACGUCUGUGUCAUGAAAUUGCUCAUGCUUGGUUUGGACUGGCCAUCGGUGCUCGUGACUGGACCGAAGAGUGGAUAAGUGAAGGGUUUGCCACUUAUUUAGAAGAUAUAUUUUGGGCCAGGGCUCAACAGCUGUCACAUGAUGAAGUAAAAGGGCAGCAGGAAUUGAAAGCUUCACUUCGCUGGCGACGACUCAGAGAUGAGGUGCAGAACUCAGAAGAAGAGCUACAAGUUUUACGGCCCAACAAAGAGAACACAGGAGAAGUGAGUGAGUCUGGAGCAUCUGUUGUCAAACAUGGUCUUAAGGCAGAAAAAAUCUUCAUGCAGGUUCACUAUUUGAAGGGUUACUUCCUUUUGCGGUUUCUGGCAAGGACGAUAGGAGAGGCUUCAUAUCUUGCAUCAUUAAGAAAAUUUGUCCAUAAGUUCCACGGGCAGCUUGUCCUUUCUCAGGAUUUUCUUUACAUGCUGUUGGAAGACAUCCCUGAACAAAAAGAGUCUGGGUUAACCGUCGAAAGUAUCUUCCAGAACUGGCUUGACACUUCUGGAAUACCAAAGCCUCUGCUGGAGGAGGGUGAGACUUGGAAGGAGUGUCAGCUCGUCCAGCAAGUGAGCGGCGAGGUGACAAAAUGGAUUCAGACAAACCAGAGGAUCAGAAAAAGCAGCAAAAAGAAAAGAAAGCAAGAUGAAGUCUUUUUCCAGAAGCUUCUCCCGGACCAGCUGGUCUUACUGCUGGAGUCUCUCUUGGAAGAGAAGACGUUAUGUCCUAGAACACUGCAAUGCUUAGAGAAAACAUACAAGCUCGGUGAGCAGGAUGCGGAGGUUCGACAUCGGUGGUGUGAACUUGUUGUUAAACACAAAUACAUGCCUGGAUAUGGAGAUGUUGAGAAGUUUCUCAGAGAAGAUCAGGCAAUGGGUGUGUACCUCUAUGGUGAGCUAAUGGUGAAUGAAGAUGCAAAACAACAAGAACUUGCUUAUAAAUGUUUUGCUGCAGCACGAGAACAUAUGGAUGUGGCCUCAGCCAAAGUGGUGGCAGAGAUGUUAUUCUGAAGAGGAAAUGGUUGUUUCCGACUGGAGCUGCCACUUACGGCUGCUGCUGUUGUUCCAAGCUGUUGAUGGACCCGUCCUCCGGUGCCUACUGAGCUGAUAUCAGUUCUGAUUUUACAUACUGGCUCAGUUCAGCAGGAACAGGAGUCGAGCCCUAGAGCAAAAAAGAUGUACCUUUUCUAAGAACCUAUGAAAAAUGUUGUUACUAUUUUCUCUCUAAAAUCAAAUUAGUACACAUUAUGAUGUCCUGCUGUUAAACACCAAAUGCUUAAGGUGGAAAACCUACCUCAGUAGCUUUAGAGAACCGUUGGCUAAACACAAGAAGGUAUGUGGAUAUGCAGACCAUUACUGUAUUACUCCACUGAUUGAUCUCUAGCAUCAUUUUCAGAGUAAACUGCUAAUAACUGAGGGAGUGUGUUUGUACUUUGAAGAUUUUGAGAGCUACUGUAACAAGAAAACACACUGGGAAGAGCCAGAGAUCUUCUUUCUUGGGUACUCAUGUUCUUUGCUAGAGAAAAUAUAAGAGGAAAUAGUGUUUUUAGAAAUACAAUUGCAAGUUUACCUUUGUAACUUAAGCUCCACAACCGCAGUUAUGCUCUACUAGUAACCUAAAGAAUAACCCCAUUUGAAAAACUGGGCCAAUUAAGAAUACACAGAUACUCCUUUACUGUGACAGAGUAAUAACUUUUACUGCUGUUUCCGUUGCAGGAAAGAUCACAGAGAAAUUCUUUUAAUAUAUCUGCUACUAAACCCUGGUGGUACUAGGAUUUCAUUGACCCAAGACAUCAAAGGAAGGAUUAUGUGACUGCUAAAUCAAUCAGCUGACAGAAACAUUUACCUCUCAGUAUUUAUGGUUUCCAGAGGUUCACUGUAACCAAGAACACUUCACACACACCCACACACAGCCCUACACACCCACACCCCUACACACGCAUGCGCGCACGCGCACACACACACACACACACACACACUCUCCCUGUGGCUCAAGGUAGUUGUUUAGUACAGGCUUUCGACCAUGCUGUUUUGAGGCUAUAGCCGCUCCAGGUUGCAGAUGUCAAGGACUGUUGAUUUGCAUGAUUAACGCACUCCAGUAACUUGGCCAACAUAGGAACCACUGAAAUUAGAUGAACCUGUAUUCUGUACUUAACAUUUUGUUUGCAAUUUCUAUACCAAACUAAAAAGUUAAUACAAAUUAGCUGGGGAGAGCAGGGGCCAAUUUGGAGAUGGAGUAGUCUGUGAAAAGUGACCAGCCACCACUCGGGGGGGGGUGUAACAUGGGACCGAGGAAAAUACUAAGAUCAGCAUCUGUCUGUGUCUCAUAUAGGUUAGCUUUUUGCCAUAAAUGUAAAACCUUCUGUUUCUGAAAAUGUUUUCCUUACCCUUAUGCUGCUCCUUUUGUACACUAAUAUAUCAAGUGUAGCUCCUCUUCUCCAGGAAUGUACUGCUCUACUGAUCACAAGACAUCUUAAUUGUUCCUUUCAGUAAAUGAGCCUUUAAAACACAAAAAUUUGUGAACAUAUUUACUUUGUAUCUUAUUGUUUUACAUCAAAUACUCUUGUAAAAAUAAAUAACUUUUUUUAAAGUA